UAUAUAUUGGAGCAGGUAGCAGUAAGAGAACAUUUCGUGUUACGAUACGAGGUAUUGAGAGGGACAGUUUUUAUUGUAUUUAUUUGUGUUAAUAGAAUUCCGAUAAUUUAUCUGUCAAAAUGAAUAUACGUAAAUGCUAAUGCGUUUAAAUAAAACCAGUUUUUAUCAUGGAUCAGAUUGAUAUAACCUGGAUGAGUCCUAGCAUGUGAAUAUAAUUACAUUUUCUCUAUAGCAAUUGGUUAUUUCGAGAAAUAUAAACGAUCUUUAACCCGUCACAGAACAAUUGCAUUAAUAGUAAAUUCUGACAAUCAUAUUGCUGCUCUAUCUUUGUUUUCAUGGACUAAAUAGAAAAGCUUAUAAAUGUAAAAGGAUGUCCUUUGAUAAAACUAUGUGAUCACACAUCUGUCAUGUUAAUUUCUUUUUUGAAAUGUAAGAUUUGUUUUCAUUUGUGACAUUUCAAGACAGCAUUUCGAAAAUGGGAAAUAAAACACCUGGAAAAACGAAAAUAGGAAAGGAAAACUUGAAUAUGUAUUUGACACCAAGACAGCGGUUACUCGUGCAAGCUAAUCUUGAUGAUUUGAAGGAUGAUCUGUCUGAUCUUGGAUUGGUAGUUUUUAUAAGGUUUUUUGAAGUUCAACCGAAGUUGAAGGUACUAUUUCCUAAGAUUGUCCGAAUUAAUGACCAGAAUGAACUGGAACUUGGGACAGAUAUAGAAAUGCUAAAGAAACAUGCUUCAAUUGUAAUGCACAGUUUAGCUGCAGCUAUUGAAAGUUUAGACGAAUCAGAGGCCUUGAAUUCCGUCCUUCUAGAAGUGGGCCGUCAGCAUGUAAAGCGUAACGUAAAAUCAAAAAUUAUAUUGCGUCUAUGGCCUGCUCUCAGUUAUGGACUCGAGUCGUAUUUGAAAGAAAAGUACACAAAAGAAUCGUCGACGGCUUGGAAAAAAGUGUUCUUCUAUAUAGUGAAGCAAAUGAAAGUUGGAAUGAUGACAUCAGAUAGUGAAGAAGAGGCUACUACAUCAUCGUACUGAAAUAUACUGGAACAAAUAAUAUAGUGCGAACACAAAUGUUGCAUAUACUCAUGAGUCUCAGAUAUCAAUACGCAAGCCAAAUACAAAUCCAAUCUUAAUCUUUUUGUCAUAUCUUGUAAUAUAUUUCCUUUCUCUUUUUUUUUCGUCAUUGUUGUAAAUAACAAUAUACGAUUGAAACCACUUUCUGUUCGGAACAAUAAAACAUAAUAGAUUUCUA